AUGCAAAAUCAUUUAAAUAUUAAGCCAUGCACUCUUUCACAAAUAAGUGACACAAGAUGGAUUUGUCGCUACAAAAACUGCAAAGCAGUGAUAGACAACUACAAGUCAAUUGUUAAGAUUUUAAAACAAGAGGUCAAAGAUAACAAUGAUAGGGAUAUUUCAAGAGCAAUUGGUUUUAUUCUAAGUAGCCAGUUACAAAGUAAAGGAGAGACACUUGGUAAAUCAGCUGUUUUAAUAAAAUCUGUGAUAAAAACUCUUGAAGACAGUAGAAGCUCUGAAAUAUACACUAACAUUUGGGAAAAUAUAGUUAAAUUUUGCGAAGAACAUAACAUAGAGUUUAAAGUUCCUGUUGAGAUGUCUAAUAAACGGAAAAGAUUUGAGCCUGCGUCUUUAAGAAAUUUUGUUGUAACAACGACAACUGGUGCUGAAAAUGAUGAUUCUCAAAGUAAAACUAAUAUUAAGGAUUAUUGGAAAACUCACGCUUAUUAUUAUAUAAUAAUAGAUGAUGUUGUGAGUAAUAUGAAAACCAGAUUUUCAUCAGAAAGUUUACAGUUGGCAGUGGCUAUUGAUUACUUUUUUGAUCUUGACUAUGAAAAGAGCUUAUUUUUUAUUCAACAAUAUAAAGAUUUACUGAAGGUUGAUUUAGCAUCGCUUAAAGCGGAAUUAAUGGUAGCUAAAAACUGCCUGGAAAAAUACGAGGGUUCAGAAACUAGAAACCAAAUAAGUUCAUUUCAAAAAUGUAUUACAGUUGAAACAUUUCCGAAUCUAUACAAACUUCUGAACUUGGCUUUAAGUAUACCAAUUUCUUCAGCAUCUUGUGAACGGUCUUUUUCGACUAUGAGAAGAAUCAGUACUUAUAUACGCUCUACCAUGAAUCAUGAUCGUUUUUCCUCUUUAGCUAUUAUUAAUAUUGAAAGAGAUGUAUCGAAUAAUAUAAAUGCUGAAGAUAUUUUAGAGAUAUAUUCUAAAGAAAAUAGACGGUUAAUGUUAUAACAGUAAAAAAAAAAAAAAAAUAGAAUAUUUUAAUAAAACCUUUGAUUGUCACACGUUAUUUGUAUUUUUUAUGUAAAUUUGCAGAUGUACCGGUUGGGGGGGGGGGGUUGCUAAAUCCUUUCCCUGGAAGGGCUAAAGCCCCCCCAAAAAAAUUGACCACCCUACGCCUAUGUAUAUA